AACUGCGCAGUCGGCUGCGGAGCACGUUUCAGCACGUUCCAGCACAUUAUCUCGCCUUCGAUGUAGAAUUUGUAGCUCAGUCUUGUCUUCUUCUAAAAAAUACUAAUAUGAUUUCGAUUUAUAUUCAAUAAAUGGAUUAAUACAAAUUUAACAAACAUUUACAACCCUACAAACAAUUAGCACUUGCUAGAAUUCGCGAGAUACGGAACAAAUUUGACACUUUCUUCGAAUGCUGUUCAAGGCUAACUUAGAAUAGUGAAGGACACUGACGAGUACAGUAGACAAUCAUUAUACAUAUUUAACUGUUACAAACAACGCUGAGAAACUGUUACUUUCAACUAUGGUAUUUGGUCUGAGCUAUUUAUGACGCAGUCAUUGAGUCAGCUAUGAUGAUAUUUAUUUUAUUGCCCUUCUAUUCAACUACUCAAACGAUACAAACUAUUGUUGAAAAUACUUGGCAUUUAACACCACGGAAUUUGCAUAUCAUGUAAUGAUUAAAAAAAAUUCGGCUCACAUCUAUAAAGGUGUCGCAUGUUAAUAAUGACCUAACAGCAUUUCACUUAUUUAACAAUUGUUGGGGGUUCGAUUUGUAUUACCUUUUUAGUUGCGUACACGUUAUAACAAAUUAAUUAAAAAGAUUGUCAAAAACCAUAAGAGUGUCGCACACCAAUAUUUCCAAGUUUGAUAAUUUGUCAAGUAGAAACGAUAUGAAUUUCCAGAUAUAAAAAAGACAGAACGCGGCAUUAGCAAUAUGUAGGAUCAACUCAAAGCUGCGAAUGUAUUUCUCGGUAUGGAUACUCGUGCUUGUGCAGUUCUCACAUACGCAAAAUGUUUUUACCGAAGAAGUGCGCUUGUAUAAUGCACGAGAACCAUGCGAGGGAUACGAACGAGGCGAAGACGACCUUCAAACGUUCGAUUUUAUCAACAAAUUGAAACUGGAUCUUCUGGAGACCCAUUACUCUGGUGUGACACGGGUCAGGGGUAGCAAUCGCAUGCAGACAGCCUACAGGUUGGAAAAAGACACCGACGUCACUUCGCCAACAAAAAAUAUACUUCCAAACGGAUUGCCAGAGGAAUUCAGUGCAGUCUGCACAUUCAGAGCCAGGAAACUGCCUAAAUAUACUUGGCACAUUAUCAGGAUUGUCGACAUGGAAAACGAGCCCCAAUUUUUAAUCGCGGUGAACCCGAAAACUCAAACUGUGGAUAUUUCUACGAGGAAUGAAACGGGUGAAUUGCAGACUGUAUCAUUCCCGGCUGAUCGUAUGUUCGAUAAAGGCUGGCAUAAAAUUAACAUUGGUGCGUUCAAGGAUAAAUUGGUAGUGUAUAUAGAUUGCGAAUACGCUGGUACUGAAGAAAUUGAACCUCGAGGACCAAUUGAAAUCAAUGGUGAAGUCUCAAUUUCGAAGAUGUCCCAGAGCAAAGUCACUGUACCGAUCGAUAUACAGUGGAUGGUCUUAAAUUGCGAUCCUACGAGGCCAGAGAGGGAGACCUGUGAGGAACUACCGAAGAGCCUUAGCAGCCCUUUAUUACCUCAGAGGAGGCCCGGCUGCGAAAUUGUCUGUCCACAGGGGCUUCCCGGAAUUAAUGGCACAAAUGGCUUACCUGGCCCACACGGACCAUCUGGACCUCCCGGACCAAUCGGAGAACCUGGUUUACCUGGACGACCAGGAUUACCUGGACCCCCAGGGGAACAAGGGAAAACAGGUCCGCAAGGAUUCAUCGGUGCUCGAGGGUUCCCUGGAAAUCCAGGUCCAAAAGGAUCUAUUGGCCCAAUUGGACCACCUGGAGCAAAAGGAGAACGAGGAGAAAGAGGAGAUAUGGGAUUUCCCGGACUUAAAGGAGACCAAGGAUUACCAGGACCACGAGGAUACCCAGGUCUAUCAGGUCCUCCUGGUCCACCAGGAAACAUCAGCGAUUAUCGUGAUGUUUUGCCACGAUUUGUAGGACCACCAGGUCCUCAAGGAAAUCCGGGUGUUAAGGGCUCAAAGGGUGAACCAGGAGAGAGAGGUGCUAAAGGAGAACAAGGACAAAAAGGUGAACUAGGCGACGCAGGUUAUCCUGGACCUCCCGGUUUGGACGGUAAACCAGGUCUCCCUGGAUUUCCUGGUCCUAAGGGAGCCACAGGAUUUCCAGGAGUCCCAGGUUCUCAAGGGUUGCCAGGUCCUCGUGGUGAAAUCGGUGCUCCUGGAUCGCCUGGAAGUCAAGGAUUAAAGGGAGAGCCCGGUGAACCUGGUCGUGAUGGUUUACCUGGUUCAAUUGUUGGUUCCGUUAUUCCGGGACCACCUGGUGCUGAAGGACCUCCUGGUAUACCUGGAGAAGACGGACUUCCAGGAUUAAAAGGAGAACCUGGAGCCACUGGUCCUCCAGGUGUACCAGGACUACGGGGAGAAACAGGUUCUCCAGGUUCUCCAGGAUUACAGGGUCUACCUGGUUUAGCAGGAGAGCCAGGUCCGCCUGGACCUCGUGGUCUUGAAGGUCUUACUGGAAAACCUGGACCCCCUGGAUUCGAUGGCAAACCUGGACAAAAAGGUGACAAAGGUCAACAAGGAGAGCAAGGACCUAUUGGACCACGUGGUUUACCUGGAAGCACUGGCUCUCCGGGUUUGCCUGGCAGUGCUGGUAUUCCAGGAAUUGAGGGGCGACCUGGAUCUCCGGGUCCUCCAGGUCCUCCUGGACCACCAGGACCAGCAGGAUCAGACGGCGAUAUGUUGAGUACAAAUGAUAUUCUGGAAACCAUUGGCAGUCCAGGCGUUAGUGGUCCUAGAGGUUUGCCAGGUACUCCAGGAUUGCCAGGUGAAAGAGGCCCUCCUGGAGAACGAGGUCCAGAAGGUAAAAUAGGACCACCGGGAAUGCCAGGAAAGGAUGGCGCUCCAGGAUUACAAGGACCACCUGGGGUUAGAGGACAAACUGGAAUGCCAGGUCUCCAAGGAUCACCAGGACGUAGCAUUACCGAAUCAGAAAUUCGAGACAUAUGUGUCAGUGUGCUACGAGAACAGAUGACCGAGAUGGCAGCACUGAUGCAAGGUCCACCUGGUCCACCUGGUCGAGGCCGUCCAGGUCGUCCUGGAUCACCUGGUCCUCAAGGUCGCCCAGAGCAGCUGAAAGAACUAACAGAGGGUCUACGAGGGCCACCCGGGUUGCCAGGGCUGGCCCGACAGGGCCGUCCUGGUCGAGCCGGAACCCAAGGCAUCCCAGGUGACCCAGGGACUCCAGGACUACCCGGUGAGCGCGGUUUCGUAGGAUUACCUGGACCACAAGGUCCCAUGGGUCUUCAAGGUCCUCCUGGAGAUCAAGGAGAGAAAGGUGACAGAGGACCGGAAGGCGUUGGCGUGGAAGGUCCAAUGGGGCCAAGGGGACUACCUGGGCCACCUGGAAAUGAUGGUGUGGGUCUACCAGGUCGACAAGGAGAACGGGGAGAACCGGGCAGACCAGGCGUACCUGGGAUAAGAGGGCCAGUUGGACCGCCAGGAUUACCAGGAUUCUGCGAGUUUUGCAAUUAUCCAAGUGCAAACUAUUUACAGUAUACACGCGGUAAUGAAAAAGGUCCAUAAAUUAAAACUGACUCUACUUACGCGGGAGUAAACAGUGAAAUUUUAUGAUAUCAAGAGAACAAGUAUGAAUUUAUGAAUGAUGGACUUUAUGCUCAGUAAUACAUAGUUUUAAACAGUUUUUAAAUCACUGCCAUGUUACGAUUUUUUAAGUGCAAGUCCACGAAUUGUGAACACUGGGAUAUUUAGGACCCAGCCUUAUUUUAAUUCGUACGAAUUUAUUAUUGGUACUUACUACCUGAAUUUGUAAAACUGUAUAGUGGUGUGAAAACUCGGCACUUCUUUUUGUAGUGCAACAAAUAAAGAAAUAAAUAGUCUAAGGUUUCUAACCUGUUUAUUUAUACAUAAUUCUGUUGACUAUUAUGUAUUCAAGAUAUUCUAGCAUGAUUGGUAAUAUAGUUUUUCGAAUUUUCGAAUAUAAAAUUCAGUAAAUUACAGUUACCCAUCAUCAAAGUAUGUGGAACUUCUCUUUAAGGUAUAGCGAACGAAAAAAUAAAUAUUUACAUUUAUGAGGGGAUUAUUUUUAUUAGGGUUUAUUGAGAGAGUCAUUAUGUUGAUUGCUGAAUGUUAAAGAUAUUAUGACCUGAUUGCUAUUUUAGUUUGUCAAAUAUGGAAGAAUAAUGUUCGAUAAAUUAUGAACACUCCUCUGUGAAGCUUCAGAAAAGUCACAUAAAGUUUUAAGAAGUCGGAAAGUAUUUAAAAACAAUUGCGCGCCAUCAUUUAAAACGUUACCAUAUCAGUUCUGUUCCAAUUGCAAUCUUGAAGAUACCCUAUAUUGUAUUAUUGUAUAGUAGUGGAAUGUUAAUGUAAAAUAUAUUUCUAAUUAUAGAAAAGCGAGAUACAACAGCAAGAAGAAAUAAUAAAGAUAUUGAUAUCAGAUCAUUGAUAAUUUUUCGUCAAAUGAAAAACAAAACAUUAGUAUUAAAAAGGUUUACAGUUUAUGAUGUAUGUAAAAAACAAUUAAAAAACAAGUUCAUUGAAGAAAAUCUACAAUUUUCAUAUAUUCAAAAAAGCAGUUUUGUUCUAAUUAGUAUUUCGUUUACAUGUUUUGCAAAAAAAUAUAAUAGUAAUAAAAAAUAUAUAUAUAAAAAUACGUAUUACAAGCAGGGGUAUAUUAUUAUUUACUGUAACAUAACAAAUGAUCCAAAAACUUUUUCACACCACUGUAUGUGUGUUACUCCUACAAAUUAUUUUACUUACUUGAAUAUUCGGGAAGCCAUGUAUUAAAAACCACGACUUAAAAUAAUUGCAACAGCACGUCUUGUCAAUAAUGUAGAUAUUUAACUAUAAUAUUUAAUAUAUGGUUCGUUACAUGAAAUUCAAAUGACACGUUUAUAAAUCCUAUCUAUUUUGUAAGAAAUAAAAAGAAUUUGUACAUGAU